AUGGCGUCCUCGAGCGGUGGCCAAGAUGGCGAAGUCAAAGGUGCGCGACCAUAUGAACGUACUCAGAACUCAGAGGGAACAAAAAUAAAUAUUGAUCAUACGACAGAUGCCGUCGAGCCUCGCGAACAAGAGCCCCCUGAAGGUACGCAAGAAGCUGCAACCAGGAACGAGGGCUUGGGCCAUCACCCCAGCUUCAGUCUGGCGGCCCACGAAGAUCAGAAUCCAAAUAGCAAUUACUAUCAAAGUCCCUCCCACAAACAUCAAGAUGGUAAAGAACAAGAUGAUCCGACAUGGAGUUUGGCUCAACCGCUCCCUCACAUCGUCAGACCAGGCAUGCGCCAUGGCGCAUUGCCAGAAGAUAGGAAAGAAGAUCAGCAAACUGGCCAGGACUCAGCUGGAGGUAGGAAGCAGAACCAGCCAACCGGCCCAAGGGACGAUGGGUUUUUUAACACCUGGUCGAAAAUCCGCCAUUACCUUCGAGAGCCGCUGGCGGAAUGGCUUGGGAUAACCAUCGCAAUGACAAUUGGUCUAUGUGCGACACUGUCAAACUUCACAUCGAACAGCCAAGCUGGAACAUUCACAUCCCAAAGUAUCGCCUGGGGUUUCGGAUUUAUGGUGGCUAUUUACACCACCGGUGGUGUGUCUGGUGGUCAUCUAAACCCGGCGAUUUCAAUCUCACUGUCCGUGUUUCGAGGGUUCCCUGCGCGUCAAUGCUUGAUCUACAUUGCGGCGCAACUACUGGGAGCUAUCACUGCAGGGGGAUUUGCAUACGCGAUAUAUCACGAUGCUAUUGUUGAGGUUGCCGCCGUAGCCAAAGUGCCACAGAGCCAGAGUGUCGCCUCGGAGGCUUUCAUUACCGCCCCGAAGCCAUUUGUCCACCCAGCAACGGCGUUUUUCACUGAGUUCAUGGGAAGUGCGAUCUUAGUUGGAGCAGUCAUGGCCCUUGGAGAUGAUAGCAAUGCUCCGCCUGGGGCCGGGAUGAAUGCCUUCAUUCUUGGGGUCCUGAUUUCGAUUGUGGUCCUUGCAUUUGGCUAUAACACCGGAGGUUGCUUCAAUUGCGCCCGAGAUUUUGGCCCCCGACUCGUCGCCGUUAUGGCCGGAUGGGGAGGCCAGCUAUUUCAAGUCACCCAUGCUUGGUGGGUUUGGGGCCCAUGGUGUGCAGAUAUCAGCGGCGCAUUAUUCGGUACAUUCAUUUACGACGUAGCCAUCUUCACGGGUGGUGAAAGCCCGGUGAAUUACCCUCGACGACGAAGAAAGCGGGCCUUGCGCGUGAGGACUGUGAACCUACGGAAAAAGCUGGGCAUUGGACGGAAGGAGAAGACUGCUGAUCUUGAGAGAUGUUGCGAGGAUUAA